AUGCCAGACAGUCCUACAGAGUCAUAUGGUCCUGACAGAGAGUAUCAUGUGUUCAUAUCUCUAUUUCUUUGCAGGAACACCAGUGGAAAAUUCCUAAGUGUGGGUCCAGCCACCCCAGGCUGGAGCAUUAACAACACAGUAGUGAAGGAAAAUUACUACACUGAAAUUUUAUCCUGUAUCAUCACGUUCAAUACCCUGAAUUUUCUUACUGCCACCAUUUCUGUGGUUGGGAUGGCAGGAAAUGCCACAGUGCUGCGGCUUCUAGGCUUCCACAUGCAUAGGUAUGCCUUCUCCGUCUAUGUCUUCAACCUGGCUGGUGCUGAUUUCUUGUACCUUUGCACUCAGACUGUGUACUCCCUGGAGUGUGUCCUUCAGUUUGAUAACAGCUACUUUUAUUUUCUCCUCACUAUAUUAAUGUUUGCUUACCUUGCAGCUUUGUGUAUGAUUCCAGCCAUCAGUACUGAGCGCUGCCUAUCUGUUACGUGGCCCAUCUGGUAUCACUGCCAAAGACCAAGACACACAUCAGCCACUGUGUGUGCACUGUUCUGGGCUUUCUCUCUACUGUUGAGGCUUCUGUUAGGGCAAGGCUGUGGCUUCCUGUUUGGUAAGUAUGAUUAUUAUUUCUGUAGGUAUUGUAGCUUUAUCACUACUGCAUUUCUAAUAGUAUUAUUUGUGGUUCCUUUUGUGUCCAGCCUGGCCAUGUUGACCAAGAUCAUCUGUGGAUCACAUAGGAUUCCUGUGACCAGAUUCUAUGUGACCAUUGCUGUCACAGUGCUGGUCUUCACAUUCUUUGGUCUGCCCGUUGGGAUCGUCUCAUUACUCUUACCUCGGAUUGUUGUGUUUCGUGGUGUUUUUUAUAUUUAUAAAAUAGUAACAUUCCUGUACUCUGUUAACUGCUGUGCCAAUCCCAUCAUUUACUUCCUCAUUGGCUCCAUUAGGCAUCACAGGUUACAAAGGCAGAGUCUGAAGCUACUUCUUCAGAGAGCCAUGCAAGACACUCCUGAGGAAGAGGGUGGAGUGAAGGGUCCUUCACAAAAGUCUAAUGAACUGGAAAUAGUCUGA